AUGUUGGAAACCAUAGAUAAAAAUCGGGCCCUGCAGGCAGCAGAGCGCUUGCAAGCCAAGCUACGAGAACGUGGGGAUGUAGCAAAUGAAGACAAACUCAGCCUUCUAAAGUCAGUCCUGCAGAGCCCACUCUUCAGUCAGAUUCUGAACCUUCAGACUUCUGUACAGCAGCUGAGAGACCAGGUUAGCAUUGCAACUUCAACAACUUCAAGUGUUGAAUAUGCCCACAUUCCUCACCUCAGUUCUGCUACAAUUCCUACUGUACAAAAUGAAUCACUUUUAUUAACUUCAAAUAAUGGGAAUCUGGAAGCCUUCACUGGACCUGGUACUCCACAUAUCAAUGGGAAGUCUGCAUGUGAUGAAUUUGAUCAGUUGAUCAAAAACAUGGCCCAGGGUCGCCACGUGGAAGUUUUUGAGCUCCUCAAACCUCCAUGUGGAGGCCUUGGGUUUAGUGUUGUGGGACUCAGGAGUGAAAACCGGGGUGAGCUGGGUAUAUUUGUGCAAGAGAUACAAGAGGGCAGUGUGGCUCACAGAGAUGGAAGACUGAAGGAAACUGAUCAGAUCCUUGCUAUCAAUGGACAGGCACUUGAUCAGACCAUCACACAUCAGCAGGCCAUCAGCAUCCUGCAGAAGGCCAAAGAUGCUGUCCAGCUAGUUAUAGCCAGAGGCUCCUUACCUCAGCUUGUCAGCCCCAGAGUUUCCCGUUCUCCAUCUGCAGCCAGUACAAUUUCAGCUCACUCAAAUCCCGUUCAUUGGCAGCAUGUAGAAACAAUUGAACUGGUGAAUGAUGGGUCUGGUUUGGGAUUUGGCAUCAUCGGAGGAAAAGCAACGGGUGUGAUAGUCAAAACCAUUCUGCCUGGAGGAGUAGCUGAUCAGCAUGGGCGAUUAUGCAGUGGAGACCACAUUCUAAAGAUUGGUGAUACAGAUUUGGCAGGAAUGAGCAGUGAGCAAGUAGCACAAGUCCUUAGGCAGUGUGGAAAUAGAGUUAAGUUGAUGAUUGCAAGAGGUGCCAUAGAAGAAACUACAGCACCCACCUCUUUGGGCAUCACCUUCUCCUCUUCCCCAACAUCUGCGCCAGAGAUGCGGGUUGAUGCUUCUACUCAGAAAAAUGAAGAAAGUGAGACAUUUGAUGUGGAACUCACUAAAAAUGUCCAAGGAUUAGGAAUUACCAUUGCUGGUUAUAUUGGAGAUAAAAAAUUAGAACCUUCGGGAAUCUUUGUAAAAAGCAUCACAAAAAGCAGUGCUGUUGAACAUGAUGGAAGAAUUCAAAUUGGAGACCAAAUUAUAGCAGUAGAUGGCACCAACCUCCAGGGUUUCACCAAUCAACAAGCAGUAGAGGUGUUGCGACACACAGGUCAGACUGUGCGCCUGACUCUAAUGAGGAGAGGAACCAAGCAGGAAGGGGAGCUCAUAUCAAGGGAGGAAAUCAUGAAAGAUUCUGACAUGUCUCUCUUUAAUGCCAAAAAUUAUGAAAAAGAUGAAGAUUCUUUAUCUUUGAGGAGAAACACCAGCAUAUUACCAAUUGAAGAAGAAGGGUAUCAGUUGAUAUCAGCUGAGGCACAGGAAACAAAAGAUACGCAACAAGAAGCUACCCUGCUGACAAAGUGGCAGAGGAUUAUGGGAAUUAACUAUGAAAUAGUGGUGGCCCACGUGAGCAAGUUUAGUGAGAAUAGUGGGUUGGGAAUAAGCCUGGAAGCAACAGUGGGACAUCAUUUUAUCCGAUCAGUUCUACCAGAAGGUCCUGUUGGACACAGUGGGAAACUCUUCAGUGGUGAUGAGCUAUUGGAAGUGAAUGGUAUAACUUUGCUUGGGGAGAAUCACCAAGAUGUGGUCAAUAUUUUAAAAGAAUUGCCUAUAGAAGUGACAAUGGUGUGCUGUCGUCGUACUGUGCCACCCACCUCCCAGUCAGAAUUGGAUAGCCUGGACCUAAGUGAUAUUGAACUAACAGAAAAGCCCCAUGUAGAUCUAGGGGAGCUCAUUGGGUCAUCGGAGACAGAGGAGCCAGUGGUGGCCAUGACUGAUGUGGGUCCUACUCCAGAGGAGGUUCAAGUACCUUUGGCCAUGUGGGAGGCUGGCAUUCAGCACAUAGAGCUGGAGAAAGGGAGCAGAGGCCUUGGUUUUAGCAUUUUAGAUUAUCAGGAUCCAGUUGAUCCAGCAAGCACUGUGAUUGUAAUUCGUUCCUUAGUCCCUGGUGGCAUUGCUGAAAAGGAUGGACGACUUCUUCCUGGAGAUCGCCUCAUGUUUGUCAAUGACAUUAACUUGGAAAACAGCAGUCUUGAAGAAGCUGUGGAAGCACUGAAGGGGGCACCCUCAGGAACUGUCAGAAUAGGAGUGACCAAGCCUUUACCUCUUUCACCUGAAGAAGGUUAUGUUUCUGCUAAGGAGGAUUCCUUUCUGUACCCGCCACAUUCCUGCGAGGAGCAAGGGCUGGCUGACAAAGCCCUCUUCAGGGCUGACUUGGCUCUGGUGGACACACAUGGUGCUGAAUUGGUAGAUGAAUCCACAUUUCAGUCUCAGUACUCUCCUGAUAAUGACAGUGUCUACUCUACCCAAGCCUCUGUUUUAUCUCUUCAUGGCAGUGCUUGCAGUGAUGGUCUGAACUAUGGCUCCUCUCUGCCAUCAUCUCCUCCCAAGGAUAUAACUGAAAAUUCUUCUGAUCCAGUAAUUGAUCUGCAUAUGUCUUUGGAAGAACUAUAUGCCCAGAAUCUCCUCCAAAGACAGGAUGAGAAUUCAUCUUCAGUAGACUUGAGCUUGGGGCCUCCUUCUGGUUUUAACACAAGUGAUUAUACACCUGCAAAUUCUACUGAACAACAAUAUGAAUGUGAAAACACAAUAUCUUGGACUGAAUCUCAUUUACCAAGUGAAGUUGUAUCAAGAACAGAACUUACUUCUCCUGUGCUGUCUGAUUCAACUGGAAAGUACUUAAUUGAACAGAGCUCCCUGGCCUCCAAUGUGGAAUGUAUCAUGCUACAAAAUUCAUCCAAAGAAUCUUUUGAAAGGACUAUUACUAUAGCAAAAGGCAAUUCUAGUCUUGGGAUGACAGUAAGUGCUAAUAAAGAUGGCUUGGGGAUGAUUGUACGAAGCAUUAUUCACGGAGGUGCCAUUAGUCGAGAUGGCCGGAUUGCCGUUGGGGACUGCAUUUUAUCCAUUAAUGAAGAAUCUACCAUCAGUUUAACCAAUGCCCAGGCACGAGCCAUGUUGAGAAGACAUUCUCUCAUUGGGCCUGACAUAAAAUUUUCUGCAGCACCUGCUGACGAUCGAGCCCCCUUUUAUGUAAUUACUUAUGUGCCUGCAGAACAUUUGGAGGAGUUCAGAAUAAGUUUGGGACAACAAUCUGGAGGAAUAAUGGCACUGGAUAUUUUUUCUUCAUACACUGGCAGAGACAUUCCAGAACUACCAGAGCGAGAAGAAGGAGAGGGAGAGGAGAGUGAACUUCAGAAUGCAGCAUAUAGCAAUUGGAAUCAGCCCAGGCGGGUUGAACUUUGGAGAGAACCAAGCAAAUCCUUGGGUAUCAGCAUUGUUGGUGGACGGGGAAUGGGAAGUCGCCUCAGCAAUGGUGAAGUGAUGAGGGGCAUCUUCAUCAAGCAUGUUCUUGAAGAUAGUCCAGCUGGCAAAAAUGGAACCUUGAAAUCUGGAGACAGAAUAGUGGAGGUGGAUGGAAUGGACCUCAGAGAUGCAAGCCAUGAACAAGCUGUGGAAGCCAUUCGGAAAGCAGGCAACCCCGUAGUCUUUAUGGUACAGAGCAUUAUAAACAGACCAAGGAAAUCCCUUUUGCCUUCCUUGCCGCACAACCUUUACCCUAAGUACAACUUCAGCAGCACUAACCCAUUUGCUGACUCUCUCCAGUUCAACGCUGACAAGGCACCCAGUCAGUCAGAGUCAGAGCCAGAGAAGGCUCCAUUGUGUGAGGCUCCUCCACCCUCUCCUUCAGCAUUUGCAGAAAUGGGCAGUGAUUAUGCACAGUCAUCUGAAACCAAAAUCUCAGAAGAUGUGGACAAAGAGGAUGAGUUUGGUUACAGCUGGAAAAAUAUUAGAGAGCGUUAUGGAACCCUAACAGGAGAGCUGCAUAUGAUUCAGCUGGAGAAAGGUCGUAGUGGUUUGGGUCUAAGUCUUGCUGGGAACAAAGACCGAACCAGAAUGAGUGUCUUUAUAGUGGGAAUUGAUCCAAAUGGAGCAGCAGGGAAAGAUGGUCGACUACAGAUUGCAGAUGAACUUCUAGAGAUCAAUGGUCAAAUUUUAUAUGGAAGAAGUCAUCAAAAUGCCUCAUCAAUAAUUAAAUGUGCCCCUUCUAAAGUAAAAAUAAUUUUUAUCAGAAAUAAAGAGGCAGUGAGUCAGAUGGCUGUAUGUCCUGGAAGUACAGUAGAAUCUUUGCCUUCUACCUCAGAGAAUCUUCAAAAUAAGGAGGUGGAACCAAAUGUUGCUAUUUCUGAUACAGUUGUGGACCUCAGUUCAUUUAAAAAUGUGCACCAUCUGGAGCUUCCCAAGGAUCAAGGUGGACUGGGCAUUGCCAUCAGUGAAGAAGAUACACUCAGUGGAGUCAUUGUGAAGAGUUUAACAGAGCAGGGAGUAGCAGCCAAGGAUGGACGACUCAAAGUUGGAGAUCAGAUCUUGGCUGUAGAUGAUGAAGUUGUUAUUGGCUAUCCAGUUGAAAAGUUUAUUGGCCUUCUGAAGACAGCAAAAACAACAGUAAAACUGACCAUUCAUGCUGAAAAUCCAGAUUUCCAGUCUGUUUCUCCAUCAGCCAGUGCAGCCAAUGGAGAAAAAAAGAACAGUUCUCAGUCUCCUGUCACCCCACAGACUGGCUCCCCUGAACUGGAACCUGAGUCCAUUCGAAGUACAAGCAGAUCAUCAACACCAGCAAUCUUUGCUUCUGAUCCUGCAACCUGCCCUAUUAUCCCUGGUUGUGAAACAACAAUUGAGAUUUCCAAAGGGCGAACAGGGCUGGGUCUGAGCAUCGUUGGGGGUUCUGACACAUUGCUGGGUGCCAUUAUUAUCCAUGAAGUUUAUGAAGAAGGAGCAGCAUGUAAAGAUGGAAGACUCUGGGCUGGAGAUCAGAUUUUAGAGGUGAAUGGCAUUGACUUGAGAAAGGCCACACAUGAUGAAGCAAUCAACGUCCUGAGACAGACGCCGCAACGAGUGCGCCUGACACUCUACAGAGAUGAGACCCCCUACAAAGAGGAGGACGUGUGUGAUGCCCUCACCAUUGAGCUUCAGAAGAAGCCGGGGAAAGGCCUGGGAUUAAGUAUUGUUGGUAAAAGAAACGAUACUGGAGUAUUUGUGUCAGAUAUUGUCAAAGGAGGCAUCGCGGAUGCUGAUGGAAGACUGAUGCAGGGUGACCAGAUAUUAAUGGUGAAUGGAGAAGAUGUUCGCAAUGCCACCCAGGAAGCUGUAGCUGCAUUGCUAAAGUGUUCCCUAGGCACAGUAACCCUGGAAGUUGGAAGAAUCAAAGCUGGUCCAUUCCAUUCAGAGAGGAGGCCUUCUCAGAGCAGCCAGGUGAGUGAAGGCAGUUUGUCAUCAUUUACUCUUCCCCUUUCUGGAAUAAGUACAUCUGAGUCACUGGAAAGCAGCUCAAAGAAGAAUGCAUUAGCAUCUGAAAUACAGGGAUUAAGAACAGUUGAAAUAAAAAAGGGGCCUACUGACUCAUUGGGAAUCAGCAUAGCUGGAGGAGUGGGCAGCCCACUUGGUGAUGUUCCUAUAUUUAUUGCAAUGAUGCACCCAAAUGGAGUUGCAGCUCAGACGCAGAAGCUCAGGGUUGGUGAUAGGAUUGUCACCAUCUGUGGCACAUCAACUGAGGGGAUGACUCACACUCAAGCAGUUAACUUACUGAAAAAUGCCCCUGGCUCCAUUGAAAUGCAGGUGGUUGCUGGGGGAGAUGUAAGUGUGGUCACAGGUCAUCAGCCGGAGCCUGCAAAUUCUAGUCUGUCUUUCACUGGACUAACAUCAAGCAGCAUAUUUCAGGAUGAUUUAGGACCUCCUCAGUGUAAGUCUAUUACACUAGACCGAGGACCAGAUGGCUUAGGCUUCAGUAUAGUAGGAGGAUAUGGCAGCCCUCAUGGAGACUUACCCAUUUAUGUGAAAACAGUGUUUGCUAAGGGAGCAGCCUCAGAAGAUGGGCGUCUUAAAAGGGGUGAUCAAAUCAUUGCUGUCAAUGGGCAGAGCCUAGAAGGGGUAACUCAUGAAGAAGCAGUGGCCAUCCUCAAGCAGACAAAAGGCACUGUCACUUUGAUGGUUCUCUCCUGAAUUGGCUGCCUGAACUGAACCAAUCCAAUCUCUUGCUUACCUCCCACUAUAAGAAUGGAAGUGGUCUGUGGAUAAUUGAUCUUGUGGAUGACUUUUCCUAUAUUGUAUUCAUGGGUUAUUCAAAACUGUAGGGAAAAAUAACAUUUAAGUUUGUUUUUGUAGUGUGGUUUUAUUGCUGACAUCUAAACAUCAUUUUUUCUUUCCCCUUGUAUUUUGUGAACCUAAACUCAAAGAGGAAUAAUAUUUGUGUAUGGAAAUCCAGUUUUUCUUUUAAAGUUAUUUAAAAUGUUGUAGUCACAUGGAUAAAAAUUAUGUAUCAAUCUCAUUAAUAGAGAAUAAUAAUUCUAAAUCUAACAAAAAAAAGUGACUUCAGGAAAUUCACUUUUAGUUUGAAUAGUGAAAAUUUAUAGUAAACAAGGAAAAUCUUAGGCGAGUUUUUUAAAAAGGACUUAAUUCAGCAAUCUCUCUCUUUUCCCUACCCCAAACUAAGAAAAAAAUAAUCUAAUACUCUUAGUAUUUAAAAGUUCUGAACAUUAUAAAAUACCGUUAUCUCCUCACCUCUAAUGUAAACAUAUAUUUUUGCUGCUUAAAUUGUGUUCUGUGAUUGAGUAAAUAGCAAAUAUAUGGAGCAGUAUUCCUAAGUUUUAUAAAGGAAUCAUAUUUAAUGCACAUCUUGAUGUUCAUUUUCAUUUUUUGACCUGUUAUAAAAUAUUCUCAUGUUGCUGUAAGUAAAGCAAUGAUGUUACCCCACAUUGACUGGUUUUUCUAGAGAACAACCAGGCUAAUCAUGGAAGAAUGUAAAAGGGUCCCAGAAUCUUUUAGUGCUGUUUUCAACAACUGAUGCAAUACUGAAAAUGUGUUUAUGCGCUGUGCGGUUGUUUUUCAAUUAGUAUUACUCUUAAUGACAGAGAAAAAAGCAAUGUGUUAGUAAUUAUUUUGGUUGUAUGCCCUUAGUAAAUUGAUAGAAAAAUUAAGGGGAUUAACAUAACUUCAUUUCAUUGCCUUAUAUUAACAUCUUAUAAUACAAUAGUUUUAGACUAAGGGAAACAGAUGGAGCUGUUUAUUGAGACAACUGGCAAGGAAUUAUCAUGUGUUCAUUCCCAUUUUAGACCGUGAAACUCCUACAUUAGAGUAUAUAAAGUCACUUUAAAUAUUAUAUUUGUAACAGAAGUAGUGUACAGAUAUUUUAUUACAGCAUUCUUGUGUAAACGCAUAAUUAAAGUGAAUAAAUAAGAAGAAGUUUCAGUGGUGCAC